CGCUUGUCAUGCGUCACUUCCUGCGCGCCCGGGGAUAGCAUCCGGGUCUGCCGCAGGAGCGAGGUGUUUCCGUGCUAGGAGAAGGCCCCGAACCCGCCCGGCACCAUGGCGAUGCAAGCGGCCAAGCGAGCCAACAUUCGGCUGCCUCCUGAAGUCAAUCGGAUUUUAUAUAUCAGAAACUUACCAUACAAAAUCACAGCUGAGGAAAUGUAUGAUAUUUUUGGAAAAUAUGGACCUAUUCGGCAAAUCAGAGUUGGAAACACUCCAGAGACUAGGGGAACAGCAUAUGUAGUUUAUGAAGACAUCUUUGAUGCCAAGAAUGCUUGUGAUCAUCUGUCAGGAUUCAAUGUGUGCAACAGAUACCUUGUUGUUUUGUACUACAAUGCAAACAGGGCAUUCCAAAAGAUGGACACAAAGAAGAAAGAAGAGCAGCUGAAACUUCUCAAGGAGAAAUACGGAAUAAACACAGACCCACCAAAAUAAAGAUGAGCUCUUUCUGAAAGAUUAUUUUAACCCUUGCCACAGUGUUUUCAGACUGAACCUCAUAAGGACUGUUAAUCAAGUCUGAUUAUUUUCUUUUGACCCUUUUACUUCUAUGCCUCCUACAUAGACUAUUCAUUUUGAAGCUUUGAUAUUUUAAGUUUGGAAUUUACUACAUAAAUGUAGUUCAUUUUUGGAUUUGGUCUAAUUUACUUAAAUUAUAGUAAUUCCAUUAAGCGGAUACACUUUUCCUAGAUAGUAAGGAGACCUCGUCAUUGCUGCAUAAUUAUAGUGUCUGUUUCCAGUAAUAUGACCAAGUUUUUGAUUCAGUCCUGGUGACAUUCCUCACUCUAGAUAGCUUGUACUAGACUCUGUGCACCACUUAGCUUCCAUUUUUAGGGUAAGUGGCCUUGUGUGGACUCUCUACAUAAGAGUGAAUUUCAUCCCAUAUAUGUAUAAAAAUCAGGCACUAUAAAUAAAUGGGGGGAAAAACCCACAGUUUUUGUAUAGAAAAGGGUUCAGUAUAUUUUGACACUUAUCAAACAUUUGUGCUAUUAUAUCUAAGUUACUAUUUUUCUCCCUAUGGGAAUGUUUGAAUCAACCUAUCCUUUUUGUUAUAGGGAGCUUGUGUUUGUUAUAAGGCUGCUUCUUAUAUUAAAUAAUAAUUUCUCUGUUUUGUGUAGUACUUCACAUAGACUGGUGGCAGUAAAUAGAGGUCUGGUUUACGAGUUAUAAACAUGAUUUGCCCCUAAAUAUAUCCAGCUGUCUAGUAGAUGGUUUUCUAAGAAGUCAUCUUGUUGCCAGUGACUGGCUAAAAGGAGGGUGCAGGGUGGGAAGCUGAUGUACUUUUUUGAAGCAGGUCUUGGUGGGGGAGUGUUAAUAAAUAACUUGAGACUGUUUUGGCUUAUAGAUGCUGAUACAUUUAAAGACAUGUUUUGCCAAACAUAAAUGUUAAUGUAAUGUAGACAUGCAUCUGACAAAGUGGGUAUUCACCCACAAAAGCUCAAGUCUAUUAGUCUAUAAGAUGUCACAGAACUCUUUGCUGUAAUAUAGACAAAGAUCCUUUAGGGUGGUGAAUCGCCAUAAAUGAGUAUUUAAACUUAACAUUUACUAGCCAGUGCUCAAAAUUUGCUUACUUGCUCUUAGUUUGAUCAGGGAAUAAAACUAACAUUUGUUUACCCAAAAGUUGCUUGUGUACAAGUUUUGCAGAUGUUCCUAUAUGCCAUGUUAAUUUACUGAUAACCUCUUUUCCCUUUAACAUGUUGCAGGGAUUAAAAGAUGAAUAUAAACAUCAUCAAACCAUUGAUUAAAAUUUGGGUAAGAUCUUACAUAGUGCCCAUCAUGAUGGUAUCUGUAUGCCAACCUCCCAUACUACAUUAAAUGUUGACAUCUGUGUGUAAUUGUGCAUGUUAUGUAUAUACACACACAAAAAUACAUCUACUUCAGUGCUCAGGUAAGCGGCUAGAUUGACAGAAUUGGUCUCCAUUGUUGACCUGCUGAGUCACAGGACAGCCUUCUAUAGAGUAGGAUUUUUGCAACGCCCGUUCAGUCUUCGACGCUUCUGCUUUGAUUACUGCAAAGGGUGCCAGUUAUGAUACUUAGAUGUGAUUGCUUAACUACCAGAUGAAUUGUACAUAGACCAUUUGAGCAAUGAUCAGAGAGUAAUUUUCUGUCAUACCUUGCCAGAAUUUGAGCCACCAACGUAGAAUUGAAAGACUGUCUCCUAUUUCUAAUUCCUUGAUCUAUAGGAGAGUCUGACAUAGCUCCUCUGCCCCUCCCUCUGGGGCCUCAGACUAGACAUCCUUUGUGGCUCUGUCUCUAGCUAGAGCAGGGUGAGGAACAUGUUAAGUAGAUGUGUUGGUGGAAAGAUCUCUCUUCCUUAUAGUCUUAACCUCCCACUCCACCUAUCUGGCCGUCUCCCCAUUCAAAAAUCAGGCCAUUUAUUUAUGACUGUGGUACCUGUAGUCUCCAGUAAAGUGUCCCCUGUGCUAGAUACAACACAAAUUAAUUAAUGGAUGCAGUCCCUGCCCCAGAUAAUUCAGUCCAAGAUUAUGACUAGAUACCUUAGCUGAAUGAAUAAAUAAAGGAGGGGUGAUUGGAGACAAAAUAAAAGCAAAGAUGGGUAUGUUUGCAUGAUGUCAGUGAUCACAGGUGGCCACGAGCCUAAUCAGCUGUGACAACUUAUGCAAAUACAUUUUUAUUGUUGUGUUGGCCAGCUAUUGUCUUGCCCACUGUUUGCCUAUUCUUCCCACAUCACAGCCAUAUGCACCAAAGCUGUGCACAUUUAAUGUGUUCAGUGUUACCUAAUUCUGUCCUAAAUCCACUCAAAGGCCAGAAGGCUUCACCAAGCCCAACAGAUUAAAAUAAAUUGGAUUCUUAGGCCAACUCCUUUUGUGAUUUAUUUAUUUAUUUAUUUAUUUAUUAGAUGAUGUUUCGGAAGUGAGUUCCUCUUCUCCCCCAACCCCAAUAUCUUGGUUCAUUUACCUUAAACUUUCCAUGGAAAUCCUAUGCUGUUGCUGGGUGAAAUUUCAGAUGGAAUAAUUUAGGGUGAAAUUGGGUUGAUAGUAGAGCCAAAUUUAUUACCUUCAGCUAUCCUUGAACAUUGAGAAAAUUGCAAGAUGAGGGCCUAGACAAGGUGCUGAGUGUCCCCAGACCUUUUGGCUGUAAGGUGCUGAAGGAAUGCAGCACUGUGCUGGCUUGUGCCCUUACUAAUUUAGUGACGUAUUGGCAUUUGGAGCCACUUCAUCUUUCAGUUUUGCUUAUUUUGAAUAGUAUGCAAAUAUCACAUUUCCUCUGUCAAUAAGAAUUCUUUUGCUUGCAUUGCAGAGUCUGAUGAAAGCUUGGUGGUGUUUAAGAAAAUGUUUUAAAGCAGUUCUAUAGGGUAAUAAGAUUAAUAAAAAUUCUUUCAGUGAA